AUGACGGAUGUGUUCAUUGGGCUGAGAAAAGGAAAAAACGGAGAAUACUAUGUCUUUGUCAGGUACGUGGACGUUAAAAAUGUAAGAGAAAUGGAGAGGAAGCUUGAUGACACCAUGGUUCGAGGAAGAAGACUAGAGGUGAAUGUGGCGUUACAUAAAAGAAAAGAAAUUCCAGGUAUGACUAAGAAUGAAAAUCAAGGUCAUAACAGCAGACACAGUAGUGCUUUCAUUCCUAAAAAACCACCAGGAGGGUGGGGUUUCAAAGAUCAAAGAACAUUUGCAGAAGUGGUUGGUCGAGGAAGGAAUGAUGUCCAUAAUUCCCACUCAUCACAACCCUCUACUCCCCCACACAUAAUCCUACAAAAAGACCAAUAUACUCAUUGUUGGUUACGGAAGACGUCACUCAUCGGUGAGGCAGUUUCGCUAAACCAUUUGGGACAUCUUCCCAAGUUACUACUGAUCAAAAAUGAGGUCUGCAUGGAAAUUAAAUAUGUUGGUGGAUUCAAAGUCCUACUACAGUUUAAUGACUCUGUAAGUGCAAAGGAGUUUAAAGAAAAUAAACAGAGAUGGCAGGAACAUUUGAAAUGGGUCGACUGGGCAGAUCAGGUGCAAACUGGUUUCGACGGGGUUUCAUGGAUUAGGAUAGUAGGGCUUCCACUACAACUUUUGGGGGAAAACAACUUCGAGAAAAUUACAAAAGAUUAUGGGAACAUCAUCGCACCAUAUGACAACCUCACACACCAUGUGGACCUGUCUUACGUUAAAAUUGGUAUAUUGACUACAAGAAGGAAGAGGAUCAACGAGGAGAUACUUGUAGCUGUUGAAGGUGAAAUCCUAAAGUUGGGCAUCAUUGAAUUAGACGAGGAUUGGUACCCUUUCAAGUUUGACCCAGAUGAUGAGUUCUAUGAAAAAGAUGAUCUUUGCGUAGAAGAUGAAGACGAGGAGGAAGAAGACAAUGUGGACGGAGUCUCAGAUACUUGGGUACAGGAAGGAGAUUGUGAAAUGCAGGAAGGUGAGAUCAGUCUGGUCUCUAAUCGGAAGACAGACCCAAAAGUCAUGAUGGAGACAAACCAGAUUAGUACAAGUUCGUCGGAGAACAGGAACUUGGGUAGGCUGGUUGAAACGCUGGCUCCGAUGGAGGAAGAGCAAGGGUUCUCUGGGAGACCACAAACGGUUGAAAUUACGAGGGAGACAAUUGGAAAGACGUCUGGGAAACCUACGACAAGUAGUGGUAACGGUAAUAUCACAUCCCCACUUCCUAGUGAAAAUAUGGAUAGAGAACAUAAUAAUAUAAAGAUUGACGUGUCAGCAGGCCCGACCCAAUAG